AUAGAGCGGAAUAAAAGUAAUGUUUGUGUUGUUCACGUUGAUGGUCGGUCAGUUCAGCAGUGACAUGAAAGUCAGCUGCCAGACAAGGCGGGAGUUGCUUCGGGUAUCAGUGUGGCAGCUUUUCCCCGACAUGAGGGGCGAUUAAAAUUAUCAGAUACUGCGAUUCUUCCAGUGGCCACCUCCCCAGCUCCCCGCCGCCAGUGGUGUGAUACAAGUAGUAAUCUUAUCACUCUUGUCUUGACUCGCCUGUGGAGUGUUGGCGGUGGAGUGAACACGUAGUACCUCUGGCAGCAUCACCUGGCGGCGCUGGUAACGCGGAGAAACAUAGGUGUUGAAGCUGCUCUUCAUCCACCCAUGCUGUUCCUCUCACCGCAUCAAAUUUUCUCAAUACUAAUUCCUUUGGAUCUUCAUUAAUGCGUCUACCCCCGAGCAAGGAGGCGGAGUGUGACGCGCGUUGUGGCACCAACACAGAGGCAGGCAGCCUGAAGCAAGGGCAGUAACACAGAGGCAGGCAGCCUGAAGGAAGGCCAGCAACACAGAGGCAGGCAGCCUGAAGCAAGGGCAGUAACACAGAGGCAGGCAGCCUGAAGGAAGGCCAGCAACACAGAGGCAGGCAGCCUGAAGGAAGGCCAGCAACACAGAGGCAGGCAGCCUGAAGCAAGGGCAGUAACACAGAGGCAGGCAGCCUGAAGGAAGGCCAGCAACACAGAGGCAGGCAGCCUGAAGGAAGGCCAGCAACACAGAGGCAGGCAGCCUGAAGCAAGGGCAGUAACACAGAGGCAGGCAGCCUGAAGGAAGGCCAGCAACACAGAGGCAGGCAGCCUGAAGGAAGGCCAGCAACACAGAGGCAGGAGUUUGAGCCAUGGAUGACAACGUGGAGGAGUGUCCAGUGUGCCUCACCACCUUUGACGACACCCUCUGGCGGCCACGCAACCUGCCCUGUGGCCAUACAGUGUGCUCUCCGUGCAUUGACGGACUGAAGCAGCAGGGUGCCAUCACGUGCCCCACCUGCCGGGCGAGUCACGCCGUGCCCGAGGCGGGCCAGUUCCCUAUCUCCUAUAUUACAGAGGGCCUUAUCAGAAGACUGAGAAGACUGGCCUCUCUGCCAGCCGAGCCAGGGAAGCAGGCAGCCCCACCAGUGACACGGCCUGCACCAAAGGCGACAACGGGAUUCAGCAGGAAGGCACAGUCCCUGCUGCAGGAGCAAGAAGUGAAGGUCCUGGCUGCCAUCCGCUCCUGCCAGGAGGAGCAGAGCCAGCUGGCCGAGUAUCUGACAACCCUCGGUGGUUGGAGCAGUCGCCAGCAGCGGCUGCAAGACGAGCUGCAGACUCUGGUGGACCAGAGCAAGAGUGCCCAGGAGGCGGUGCACCGCGAGGAGUCCCGGGUAGAGGGCAGGCAGGAGGAGGUGCGGCAGGAGCAGCAGCUGCACGCCGCGCUACAGUCGCUGCGCACGGCCGCAACACGGCAGGAAGCUUACGAGGUCAUUGAGGACACAGACCUUCUGGUGGAGAAGGACAGUCAGACAGAGGGGUGUCUGGGAGUGUUUCCCGACGUCCACGCCGUCACCACCGUCACCAGGGUGGGUGUGGCCUCACACUUGUUGUGCUUGCAGGUCACUCCUCUGGCCACGGUGGCAGAGGCAUCGCGCGCAGCCCUGCAGGCCGCCACCGCUGCCGCUGCUGCCACACAGGCAGCCCUGAAGGCAGCGGGCACUGCUGCUGCAGCCUCGGGGGACUCCAGCCUCCCAGCAGCCUGGGCCGAGGCCUCCUCCAUCGCGGAUAGGCUGCAGGCCCUGCUGGCGCCGCCCCUGACGGCCGAGGACCUGCACAGCCUAACACAGCGUGCCAGGGGCCUGGUGGAGGCCGGCCUUGUCUUCGCCGUCCACGACGUGAAGGGACAGACUCGGCACGCAAGGAUCAGCCUUGAAGACGGCAGCCUUUACCUCCACUCCCUGCAGGCCCAGGUCCUGCCGAACUUCAUCGCCACCCUGCAGAUGGGGAAGGUGGUGCCGGCCGCCCCCCCCUGCGAAGUGUUCCUGGACCUGGCGUGGCCCGGCAGCGCGGCGCGGCGGGUGGUGGUGAGUCUACCCCAGGACACCCCCAGGGGCCGGCAGUUCAUGCUGCUGUGCUCGGGCCAGCGGGGCGCCUGCUACGCCAACACCAGGCUGUUUAACGUGAUGCGUGAGGGACAGCCGGGGGAGUGUGUGGUGGGAGGAGACUACCAGACAGGUGAUGGGAGGGGAGGAGCCGCCCUGCUGCCUCACCUUGACCAGGGGUCGCGGUGCUGUGGAUCUGUCGCGGUGGUGAGGGCGGCGGCUGUCCUUCAAAGGGGCCAACACUCCUCGCAAGAAACCAAGACGUUCAAGAAUAUGGGUCAUGGCCUGCACACCUCCUCUGCACCACUCCAAGGACACGACCAUGUAGCAGAGCACCAAGGAAAGUAAAUAGUCCUUGAGGAACACCAAAUCGCUCCUUCCUAUCCUACUACCAAACAAGAUAGAAUGAUACUCUUGUCUUGUCUUGUCUUGUCUUCUGUUGCAAGAUAGUGGAGUGUGCUAGUUUUCACUCGGAUGAACCUUCCUCUUCGGCCAUCCAGAAGCAGAGGGAAGAAAAGGAAAGUCCAGCCCAUCACCUCUUGCUAAUGGAGACCCAGAGAGACACCUGAACUGGGCCCAUAUACUAAAAAACUUCGCUCUCUCACCAGGUAAAAAGCUACGAAAUCACAAGAGAACACAAAGGAAGACAAACAGCAACAAACCUUGAAGUUCUCACUAGGCUGUAUGUAUAACUAUCCUACACUAACUAUUAACGAAAAAAACAGGAUAGGAAAGUAGAGGGCUGAAUAAGCAAAGCAGAACGAAGACAAACACCAACAGAUCUUAAGGUCCUGACUAAGCUGUAUGUGUAACUGUCCUUCACUAACUACGAGUGGAAGAGACAGGAUAGCAGAAUAGAAGGCUGAAUAGCAAAGAAGAAGGUUGGUUAGCAAAGUAAAAUAGAGAAAUAUUCUUUCGGAUGAUAGAAGGCAGGGAAGAGAGGAAGGGAUGGUGCAUAAAUGAACUGGAAGAUAAGAAUUGAUAGAAAAAGAGAUUAAAGGUUGUGAAAUUAAUCGGUUGUGUAGCAGGAUAAUUUUUCGGCCGACGAAGGGAAGGGAAGACAGGAGAGGAUGACGGACAGGUCGUAAAAUUCGUUGUUUUUCGAACCCUACAGAGAUGAUUAGACAGGAUCUCGUCAAUAUUUAUCUUAACUGUGAUGUAAUUUCCUUGUUAAACUACUUCCAAAACCAUAAAAAAAAUCACCGUUGAAAAAAAAAAAGAUGAAUAAAACAAUAACCUCCAUCAGGGCACACUGAAGACGCUGGGAAACACGAUGUACACAGACCAUCUUCACCAGUGUCCUGCUGAGACUUGGCAUCAAAG